AUGGCAGAAGAUGGCAACCGAGACGCGCCCGCGGCAGGGCUGGGGGCCCUUUGGGGGGCCCUCCGGGCGCUGCUGCCCCGCACGAAAGAGGAGCUGCGGUUGGACCUCGGGGAGAGCGUGGAGAGGAGUGUGGUGCUGCUGCUGCAGCAGGCUGCCGACCUCUUCUACGGGGGCCGGAGGAGCGAGUGUCUGCAGACGAGUGAGGUGGUCCUGGACUACUCCUGGGAGAAACUCAACACCGGGCUGUGGCAGGACGUGGACAAAGACUGGCGUCGGGUGUACGCCUUCGGCUGCCUCCUGAAAGCCGUGUGUCUGUGUGAAGCGCCCGGGGACGCGACCACCGUGGCCGCAGCCCUCAGAGUCUGCGACAUGGGCCUGCUGAUGGGAGCGGCCAUCUUCGACGACAUCCUCAUUAAAGUCGCCGCUGUCCUUCAGGCGCACCUCCUCCCCGGGAAGAGGCCCGCCCACAUUCCGGCCCCGGAGCAGCCCUGCUUAAAGAAGGCCAGGAACAGCCAUGUUUCGAUCCCCGAUCUGCGGUCAGAGAGAGCAGUCCCCCGGCUUCGCUGUCCGUCGCUGCAGCAUUUCCGGAAGCAUCAUUUGGUCCCACAGACGCCGGUGAUCUUGGAAGGCGUGGCUGACCACUGGCCGUGCAUGAAGAAGUGGAGCUUGGAGUACAUACAAGAGGUUGCCGGCUGCCGGACUGUCCCGGUGGAAGUGGGCUCCAGGUACACGGACGAGGAAUGGUCCCAGAGGCUCAUGACGGUCAGUGAGUUCAUCGACAGCUACGUCCUGAACGAGCCGAGGGACGUCGGGUACCUGGCCCAGCACCAGCUCUUCGACCAGAUCCCGGAGCUGAAGCAGGACAUCAGCAUCCCUGACUACUGCUGCCUGGGCGACGGGGAGGAGGAGGAGAUCACCAUCAACGCCUGGUUCGGGCCCCCCGGCACCGUGUCCCCCCUUCAUCAGGAUCCCCAGCAGAACUUCCUGGCCCAGGUGCUGGGGAGGAAGUACAUCCGCCUGUAUUCCCCGCAGGAGUCGGAAGCUGUGUAUCCUCACGACACGCACCUCCUCCAUAACACGAGCCAGGUGGACGUGGAGAAUCCCGACCUGGAGAGGUUCCCCGGGUUCGCCGAGGCCCCGUUCCUGUCCUGCAUCCUGUGCCCGGGAGAGCUGCUGUUCAUCCCCGCGAAGCACUGGCACUACGUGCGGGCCCUGGACCUGAGCUUCUCCGUCAGCUUCUGGUGGUCGUAGCUGCUCUGUCCUGGCCAGCCGUGUGCGGCCAGAGCCCAGGACACGGGCCGGGCGGCGAGGCGUGGGCAUGGCCAGGCCUGACGCGUUUGGGAAAUGGCGGGCAGCGUGUGCCCUGGCAGAGCCUGGGCUCUGAGGUGGGCUGCCUGCGUCCAAACCCGGCCCCGUUGCUUAAGUGCCGUGUGGUUUGGGCAAGUGUGUCACCACCUGGCACACGGGGCCCUGGUCCUCCUCAUGGGGUCUGGGAGGUGGAGCAUGUGCAGAGCUGGGCAGUCAUGCCUGUCACACAGCUGCCAUGACGGGGCCUCUCCACGCCAUGGCCUGCAGGCCCUGGAGCAGGUGGGCGUGGCCUGGUCACGGGAGAGGCCUGCCAGCCUGCUGAAGAGCUCAGACUCUGCUGGGCAAUGGGAAGUCCAGGGACACACUUCCUUUUGGCAGUUUCUUUUUUUAAUUAUUCAUUGAUUUGGGGGAGAGGAAGGCAGAGAGAGACAUCAGUUUGUUAUAUAUGCCUUCGCUGGUUGACUCUUACAAGACCGGGAUUGAACAUGCAACCUUGGCCUAGCAGGACGACACUCCAGCCGAGCUCCGUUUCGUGCCGUCACUGCUGAGGUGGGACCUGCCUCGGGGACUGCGCUGGUCUCAGCAUGAGUGGGUGCGUUCCCUGGCGCCCUCCCAGGAGGCUGUCCCAAAGCAAGAACGGGAGCCCUCCAGCGUCCAGCAGUCCCUCCUGGCCCGGGGGCUGCAGCCUGCCAGCUACUGCUCUCUGGGGAGAGGCCCGGACGGCAGGCUCUCCGUGUACGUGUACUCGUUUGCAUAAAUGUGCUGGUUCUGUUUGUAUA